AUAUAAUAAGCCUCAACAGAUGCGGCUUAUGAAGUAAAAUUUUUGACGGACGCGCAUCGGUGCUGAAUUUUGUUAAAGUUUUAUUAAAAAAAUUGUGAAUUAAGGCAGUUCUAGUUGAGAUAAAGGAAGAUAAUCCAGUUACUAGUUAAUUAAAGACGUAUAUGAAUGAGACAAUGUCGCUAAAUAUCAAUGAUCUUGUAUGGGCUAAAAUGAAAGGUUACUGUGCAUGGCCAGGACGAAUCGUUGAGCCGAGUGAUCAAUUGAAUAAACUUAAAAAGACUGAAAAAUCACAAUGUGUAUAUUUCUUUGGAUCACACAACUACGCUUGGAUUGAGGAUAAUAACGUUUAUCCAUACUUAGACUUCAAGGAGCAGAUGGUAAAAUUAGGAAAACCAAAAAAUUCAUUCGAUAAGGCAGUUGGGGAGAUUGAAGCUUACAUGAAGAAUCCAGCGGCUAACGACGUUAUCAUCACACCGGCUAGAAAGAAGUCAAUCACGAAAGUUCGGCAAUCAGUUGCAUCUGAGGACAUUCCCUCAGUUCCAAUUCCAGAUCCAGUUGAAGAGAAUCAAGGCGCAAAUCACAUUGAAAGCGGUGAGGAUGAGACACCAAAGAAAGUUAAUAAAGUAAUACCAGUUAAGCGUUCAACGCAAAAGAAGCCAAAACAAGCGAGUUCAAAGAAGAAGAAAUUGGAGAUUGAUGAUAGCGAGGAGGUUGUGCCAGCAAAACGACAACGCUCAAUACCGUCAAGUCCAAUAGCACGCAAUCACAACAAUAAUAAUGAAUUAAGUUCCGACUUUUCAUCAUCUCAAAAGGAAUAUUCCUCACCAGUGCCUAGAUCACGUGUCGCUCGUGCUGUUAUUGAUCGUCCAGACAUCUUCAGUCAAUCAAAGCCUGAUAUAGAGGAAUUGGAUGUUGAGACAAUCACCGAGACGUUAAAAUCGAAAAAUAUUAAGGCAUCGUCUAAUAAAUUUGGAUUUAUUGGUCUUGGCAUUAUGGGGAGUGGGGUUGUUAAAAAUCUUAUCAAUUCAGGACAUGAUGUAUGCGUAUAUAAUAGAACGCAUGAUAAGACAAAGAAGUUUGAAAAAUGCGGUGCAACUGUAAUGCUUACGCCUAGUGACGUUGUUGAACAUGCUGAUAUUACAUUCAGUUGCGUGUCUGAUCCUCAAGCCUUAAAAGAUACUAUCUUCGGUCAGUAUGGAGUUGCAUCCCUUCCACCAGAACUUGUACGUGAAAAAGGCUUCGUUGAAAUGACAACGAUCGACGCCGACACUUCCAAAGAUAUUGAGAGUGCAUUAAAUGAUAUCGGCAUGCAAUAUUUGGAAGCACAAAUUCAUGGUACAAAGGCACAAGCUGAAGAGGGAAAACUCAUAAUCUUGGCAGCUGGAAAUAAAACCUUAUUCGAUUCAUGUCAGACGUGCUUUGAAGCUAUGGGACGAAAUUCAUUCUUUGUUGGUGACACUGGCAAUGCUACGAAAAUGAACUUAGUGCUUCAAACAAUCACUGGCAUUACAAUUGCUGGAUUAGCUGACUCAUUAGCUUUAGCUGAAAAGGCCGGAUUACAAACAGAUACAUUUUUGGAAGUCAUGUCAAACACAAAUUUAAGAUCAGACUUAAUUAUGGAUAAAGGACUUGCAAUGAUUGACACGCGCUUUUCGCAAAUCAAUUUACCACUCCAGCACAUGCAAAAAGAUCUCCGUUUAGCAAUCAACAUGUCCGACAGCCUAAACAAUCCAAUGCCAUUGACAACAAUCGCAAACGAGGCAUUCAAAAAUGCUCGCCGUGCUGGAUUAAAUGAGAACGAUGCGAGUGCAAUAUAUUACCGUGCACGUCAUUAACAAUUAUGGAUUAAAUCAAAGUUUAAGAAAAAUAAUAACAGAAACAAAAGAAAUAGAUCCAAAAAGGACCAAUCCAACUUCCGAUGAGAGUAAACCACGACGGGGAUUACUCAUAUGAACUAAUUUUGAACCUUUUUACAACAAUUAAACAAUUUUAUUAUUAUUAUUAUUUUUUUUUUGUUAGAACAUCUGAGAAGAAAUAACUAUUCAUGGAUUUCAAGCAUAAAACACACAAAUUUGAGGAUUUAAGAAGUUUAAUAAUCGUUGACAAUGAAGUCAUAUCGUUUUAUAUUAGAAAAUUAUUCUUUUUUUUCCUUUAAAUCUUUCAUAUUUCAACAAAUUAUAUAUUCCUUUCAUGCCUUUAUCCCUUUUAUUCAUACAUAAAUAAUUUUUCUCUUCUUUAGCCUGUUAAGUUACACAAAAAAAAAUUAAAAUUGAUCGCUAAUAUUAUAUUUUAUUAGAUAUUUUUCAUUUUCUCACGGUAUGAUUUGAUGUAAAAGUAUAUGAAUAA